AUGUUUUAUUCUUCACCUGAAAUAUUUGUUGAACCACCUACAGCAAAUUCCCUAGGUAGCAAUAAUAAUAAUCAUGAUGAAAACAACGUUUCAGAUUCUGAAGAUCAUGAAAGUGGACAAAUCAAAGAUCGUAAAAGUGUAUUUAUAGCAUAUACCAAAACGCGUGGAAAAUUAGAAACAAGUCGAGCUUUGAUAGCAAAUUCUGGUAUUGUUACUGGGGGUAUAAUCCAUUUAAAAUUGUUUGCUGUUGUCGUUAGUGAUCCAUUUACUGGAAAAUUGUAUAUUCAUGGUGGAGUGCAUGAUGUAAGUAUUCCUACUGCAAAAUAUUUUAAAGAUUUUUUUAUCCUACAUGGAGAUGAUUUAUCCUGGAGCCCAAUUGGAACAACUGGUAUAAAUAUGCCACCUUCUAGAAUUGACCAUGCUGCUGUAUUGAUUGCUAAUAGAUUGGUUAUAGUUUGUGGUCCAAAUAUUGAUCCCUGUAUUGGGCAUACAGCUGUAUAUGUAUAUUUGUUUCAUGGUCAAUCAAUAGUCUAUAGAGUUACAGUAUCAAACAUGAUACCAUCAAAUAAAAAUAUUAUAUCAUUAUUAGUGUUAGAACUAGCCGUAGUCAAUGAUAUUAAUACCGACAAUGGCGCGAGGUUGCAGUUAAAUCCUUCCAUGGCGAAGUUGUUGCAUCAAAUGCUUGUGACAAAUCAAGGGAAAAAAAAUUCUUUUGACAGCCGACCAUUAGAGAAACCACCCAUAAUAUAUAAAUUAUCGUUAACAAUAAUAGUGGAAUGUACAAAUCUUGAUACUUUGAAAAGUCAUUUUUUAAUUAAGAUUGAUUCGUACGGCGAUGUUGCCAUGUAUCCAAACCUGGACUUUAGGCUUAAUCCUUCACCUGAAAUUGUUAGUAUUCGUGUUGUCAAAGUUGAAGACGAAGGUGGUUUGGGUUUAAUGUGGUAA